UUUAGAAAAAGGGAGACUAAUAGUCGCUGAAGAAAUUUCCGAAAGUGUGUUGUGUGGGGUGAGAAGACGAUGAGGAAAUAUUGGUAGCAGAAAUUGAAGAGAGAGAGAGAGGGUUGGAUUGAUUUUCUUCUUCCUUUUCUCCAAAGAGAAUCUAAUCUCAAUCCUCAACCUCCUUAUUGCGCCCAUAUCUUCAGAUUUCUUCAUUCCUAUUUCAAUCUUUUCUCUUCCCGUUCACAUCCUCUUUUUCUCCGAAACAUAAAAGUAAAAAAAUAAUAUUGGUUUUGUUUUCUUGUUUCUUGUUAUUUGACUUGGUUGUCUGAAUCGGCUGUCGCAGCAGGGUCGGGAGACACAGCUAUGCAGAGCCAACUUGUGUGCAAUGGUUGUAGGAGCCUUCUGCUUUACCCGAGAGGGGCAACCAAUGUUUGUUGUGCAUUGUGCAACACGAUUACCUCUGUUCCUCCACCUGGGAUGGAAAUGUCUCAACUUUACUGUGGAGGCUGUAGGACGUUGUUAAUGUAUACUCGUGGAGCUACAAGUGUGAGAUGUUCCUGCUGUCAUACUGUAAACCUUGUUCCAGCAACUAAUCAGGUAGCUCAUGUCCAUUGUGGGAACUGCCGGACAGCCCUCAUGUAUCCUUACGGAGCUCCCUCAGUCAAAUGUGCUAUUUGCCACUAUGUUACUAAUACGAACAAUGGACGGCUUCCAAUCCCUGUCCAUAGACCCAAUGGGACAGCCAAUACUGGAACAUUACCUUCUACUUCAACAUCAAUGCCUCAGUCUCAAAGUCAAACAGUAGUAGUAGAAAAUCCAAUGUCUGUGGAUUCGAGUGGGAAAUUGGUGAGCAAUGUUGUGGUCGGCGUCACAACAGAUAAGAAAUAGCACCAUCACACAUACAAGGUACAGUACAUGUCACGAGGCAUCACCACAGCUACUGUCACAUGAAGAUAUUGUUUGUGUAUAUGAAUAUAUAUAUAUGAUAUUGCAGCCUGCAGUGGUUUAAUUGAAAUGAAUAUUUUUCCAUUCCAAGAGU